AUGGCUACCUCAUUCGCGUCCGACAACCGACCGAAUCUCCCUGCCCCAGAGGGCUCCAACGAGUACGAUCCAUUCACGACGGGAAAUUCCACGACCGCGCAUCAUCGCUACUCCAAUAACUUCGACAAUGGGCUCUUUGCUUCCAGUCCCGGGUCUUCCCCGAGACAGGCCAAGCGAGCUUUGGAGGCGCACCUGGCCGAGACGGAUCGCCGUUUGGACGAGGCGGGCAAAUUGGGCUCCGCCCUGGUGUCGCAGCGAAAAGCUCUCGCCGAGCAGUUGCAGGAAGUAGAGAAGCUUGAAGCAGAGGGGGAACUCAACCCAGAGCUGCGCCAGAAAUUGGUGGAAAUCGAGAAGGAGUACAACGACUUGGCACGCGAGUCUGCUCGGGCCUUCCUGCCCAAGCAGAGAGUACCGAGUAAUGAGGCCAACCCUGGAUCUCCCUUCCCUGGGGCCAGGAACGGUAGACGGUCUGUCAGUCCCUCGAAAUUCGAAAGUCAGGCCACCGGGUCUCCAACCAAGUUGAGCGUCCCGAACAGAAAAAUCAGGAACCAACCAGCGAAUCGGGUACACGACAUCGAAUUUGCUGCCGAAAUCAGCACGUCGUUGAUCGGACAGGUGCGAAACCUGCAAUCCCUCUUGGCCGAACGCGAUGAAGAGGUACGAGAUUUGAAGACCGACAAGUCUGCCCUUGAGAUCGAAUCCGAGAGCCUUCAACAGCGCCUUAAGACGCUCGACGAGAGUGAGCACCGAUACAAAGAAGAGAACUGGAACCUUGAGACCAGGCUCCAGGAGAUGUCAUCGCAACAGCGUGAUGCAUCUGACCGAGAGAAGAAGCUACAGCAGAGCCUCAGCGCAUCCAACACAGAGAAGGUCGCCGCACAAAAGGACUUGGAUGAGGCCAGGCUGUCGCAUGCCAAGCUCCUCGAGGAGCACACUGCCUCUGUCAAGCACCACGAUAUUGAGCUAGGCACAGUGAAGAGGAACAUGGUCAUGGCUGACAGCGAGAGGACGACCAUGCAGCGCAAGAUUGAUGAUUUGAUGCAUCAAAAUCAGGAACUCGCCAAGGCCUUUUCUGUACAGCGUGGCAAGAUUGCUGAGCGAGACUCGCUCUCUGGGCCGAGUGAAGAUGAUUUCGAAUCUGCUGCGGACAACCUCACACCUGAGCAUUCUCCUCCUGCUUCCCCCAUCAAAGGCACUCCUCGUCACUCGAUGCUCGAGACCGAGACCCUGAAGUCUUCUCUGCAUCAUGCGCACAGGACUAUCCAGAGUCAGCGCAGCCAGAUCCACCGCGAAAAGACCGAGAAGGUGGAGCUUCGACGCAUCAUCCAGGACCUUCGAGACGACCUGGAGCGAGUGAGAACAGACUCUGCAUCUUCAACGUCGCACCACCGGAAGAACCGCAAACUCGACCCUAGAGAUACUAAGAGGUACUCCCGCCUGCUCGGAAGCCAUCGUUCCAGCCAGAAAGAGGUCAUUCUUAGUGAAGAAGACCCCGAUUGGGAAGACCACGACGAUCAUUCACCACAGGCAUCUUCGACUGUCACUGGUGGCUCUUCUCCCCUUGCUUAUAGACAAGGUACUGGGUUAGGCAACGUCACCGAGGACUUCGAUACUGCCAACGAAGCUAGUGAAUCUGCAUUCGAGACCGCAAACGAGCGUGCUGGUACCGAGACGGACGACUUCCAAACCGGCAAUGAAGCCUUCUCUGGAAGCGACGCUGAUGAGACCGAGACGGAAACGACAUCCCGAGGCUUUGGUAGAAUGAAGCGACCUCCCCCUCUGCCAGCAGGUCUCUCAAGACAUGCUGGCCCCGAUCCUUUCGACAGCACAGCGUCGACAUCGGGCGAUGAGCUUCCUCAAGUCAGGACGCCGACUGAGCCCCUCCCACCAAGAGGACGAUUCAGACUUAGCCGUGGCCUCAGCCGAAGUUCACGCCAGGGUAGCGAGGGUCCUUCCUUUAAGAGCAGCCCUGCUGCAAGCUUCAGUGGCAGCAGCACUGUAACCCCUCAAGGCGUUCAUCAGAGUUUGUUCGCUGAGUUGCAAGAUUUCGCUGGAAGUGACGAGGAUUCUAUUAAUGGUACGCCCAGCAGGAAUGUCCGUGCCUUCACUCCUGGUUCAAUUCGUCUUCAAGAAUCACUGGCUCCUGCAGCUCCUGUUGUGCCCAAGCCGGUCAUGGUUGAUAGUGGAGUUAUGACAGAUCCUAUUGAUAUCAAGGAACUGUCCCCUGCUCCUUUGCCGUUUAUUGAAAACUCGGACCGCCCUAUGUCAAUGGUUUCGGCCGUCCACGCACCAUUGGACAACCGCCGCCUCUCUCAGGUCUUGUCCCGAGACUUUGAUGCCGACUCGUCAAGGCCUCUCUCUGCGGGUUCGUUCAGCCAGCAGAGUGAAGGUGAUAUGGAUCCUAGGUUAUCUCAAUUCCCGGCCCCCCCGAGCGUGAUUAUGCUAGCACCCGAACUGGCUCUAUCUUCUGUUCAUUCAGAGAGUGUCGAGCCGGUAGAGGAACCCAGAGUCAUUCCUUCCUUGGGUCUGACUCCGAUCAAUGUCGAAGCAUUGGAACCAGUGGAGGAAGUUGUGACGCCACCUUCGCUGUCGAUCUCUUCCAUUGGGGCGGAACAUUUGGAGCCCGUUCCAGAGCUCCCACCAGCUCUCUCUUGGGCCGCCAUCAGCACGCAAAACCUGGAGCCCGUCGCGGAGCUUCCUCCAUCAUUAUCUCUGUCUUCAAUCGGGGCAGAGCAGCUGGAUCCUGUGCCUGAGGCACCACCUGUCCUCUCAUGGUCUUCCGUUGAGUCGGAGCAUGUGGAGCCCGUCAUGGAGAUUCCACCAACCUUGACACUGUCAUCUAUUGGUGCCGAGAACCUAGAACCAAUUGCCGAGCCUGAACCAAAGCCUCUAGCCCUGGCCUUGUCUUCGAUUUCUGCGGAGCACUUGGUGCCCAUCGCCGAGCCCGAGCCCGAACCUUUGGCUUUGGCGUUGUCUACAAUUUCUGGGGAGCAUCUGGAGCCAAUCGCAGAGCCCGAGCCGGCGCCUCUGGCGUUGUCUCUGUCCUCCAUUUCAACAGAACAUUCAGAGCCAGGACCCGAGCCUGAGGUGCCAGUGCUGUCAAUGUCCAGUAUUGCCCGGGAGCAUUCGCCUCCCAGAGAAGUACCAGAGCCCGCUCCUCCGGCUCUGUCCAUGACAGCAAUUUCACGGGAAGUCGUUGAGCCUAUCAGUCCCGUCGAGGUCGUGGCCCCAGUACUGGAGCUUGCUCUGUCGACAAUCGUCUCCGAGUUUACUCAGCCCAUCUCGCCAGUCGAGCCGGAGCCUAGGGUGGAAUUUAUCGUCACCCCACCUCCUCAACUGAGCAUGUCCUCAGUUAUCUCAGAGAACUUGGAGCCCAUUGUUGAGCCUCCUGUCAUUGUUCUUACCCCCCCACUGAUCAUGUCCUCCAUCGCCACGGAGAACGUUGAGCCUGUCAUCGAACCCCCAGUGGUUGUCCCCCCACCAUCGUUGAUAAUCUCGUCUAUCGCAACAGAAGAUGUGGAACCAGUGAUUGAACCCCCGGUGGUCAUCCGCCCGCCAUCAUUGAUUCUGUCUUCGAUCUCGACGGAGAAUGUGGAGCCCGUGAUCGAACCCCCGGUGGUUGUUCCUCCUCCAUCCUUGAUAUUAUCAUCGAUUUCAACUGAGAAUGUCGAACCCGUGAUUGAACCGCCCGUCGUCAUUCCUCCGCCAUCGUUGAUAAUGUCUUCUAUUUCAACUGAACACGUGGAGCCUGUCGUGGUUCGUCCACCAUCCCUGACCAUCUCUUCGAUCGCUACUGAGCAUGUGGAGCCCAUCAUCGAACUUCCAGUCAUUGUUCCUCCCCCAAGCCUCAUCAUGACCUCUAUUUCUACACAGAACAUUGAGCCAAUUGCCGAGCCUGAAGUCAUUAUAACUCCUCCCUCUCUUAUGAUGUCAUCUAUCUCAACAGAGCAUGUUGAGCCAUUGAUCGAAGAGCCCAAGGUGCCAUCUCUCACACUCUCAAAUGUCACUAUGGAGCACGUCGAACCCAUUUCCGAACCAGAAGUCGCUGUUCCAGAAUGGAAGUUGUCUUCAAUUUCCGCUGAGAACAUCUCUCCAAUCAACGAACCUGUUCCUGCGCUCGUUUUCUCGUCCAUUGGUUCAGAGGCCAUUGAACCUCCUACCCCAGUUGAUGAAAGCCCAGAUCAUUCUGCAUGGCGCUCUCUCAUUCUCCCUGCCGCUGCGGGCGCAUUUGGCAAGACACACUCCCCAGUUAAGGCGUCUGAUGACCGAGCUCUCAACUCCUUGAGCGCCGGCAAAUUGAAGGAUGCACCGGUAAUUAUUGCCGAGGAUGAGACAAGUCAAUCGCUCGAGACGGCUGCACCCGCCAACAAUGCCAACUCUGCUCGGCCUCCCCUGGAAGAGAUCUCAGGAAACAAGAAACCUGCCAUGUCCACCAGCGACAAUGGCGCUCAAACAUCGCUUACCGCCGAUGCUAUCGAUCAACUCUUCCAAUCAAACUCCCGUCGCAACCACGUCAAGGAUUUGUCCAUCCCGAGCGUCGGUACACCAGACACCACGGGUACCGUAAGGAUCACUCGAUCAGACGAUUACACCGGCAGCCCAAUCACCGCCCGAGGACGCAAGUUCGACGACUCAUUCUUGGAAUCUCUUUCUACCCGCCGACCUGGAAGUGCCACAAGUGGACGAGGGUCUGUGUUUGACGCCCCCCCUCUGCCAGCAAAUCAUCGGGAGGUCAUCGAGGCUGUUAGGAACGGAUCGAUUGCCUCUCAAGGCAGCAUGGGACCUCCUCUGUGGCCGGCAUCUGCGUCAAAACAACGACCGCAAACCCCCAGCCAGCAAAGGCCUGAGUCAUCCCACUCUGCUCUCGUUGGAGGUUCACCCCGAACGAUUCGUGCGCCUCAGACACAGAGGAAGAGUGAUCUCCAUUCUCCAAUCAGGACUCUGUCUCGAUCUGGACACUCGUCUGUCUCCUCUUUUGCCUCAGAAAUGGACACUCGUUUCAACAUUCGCCAUGGCGAGCUGGACCCCACUGGCCUCGGACCCAACACGGAUCCCCGCAUGAUCCAGGCAAUUACCCAGACAAUGAUUGGUGAAUAUCUUUGGAAAUACACAAGGAAGACGGGCCGUGGCGAAAUGUCGGAGAAGCGCCACCGACGCUACUUUUGGGUUCACCCAUACACGCGCACUUUAUACUGGAGUGAUCGUGACCCAUCAAGUGCAGGUCGUCAGGAGCACCGAGCCAAGAGUGUGCCAAUUGAAGCGGUGAGAGUUGUCACUGACGAUAACCCAAUGCCACCUGGGCUUCACCGCAAGAGUAUUGUCAUUAUUUCACCCGGCCGCACCAUCAAGUUUACCUGCACUACAGGCCAGAGGCACGAGACCUGGUUCAACGCACUAUCCUACCUGCUGUUACGCACCAACGACGAUGGUCACAAUGACGCUGAGGAGAUGGUGGGCAACAUCACCCGUAGCGAUGUGGAUGAAUUCAAUCCUCAGCCUGGGCAGCAGCCGGAGAGUGGCACCCGCAGACGCCCUCCUCCCUCGCUGUCGUCGUACAACUCCAGGGCAACCCGGUCCCAGUCCCCCACGAUCGAUCCUUCAUCAAUGGCCAUUCCCACCUUGACACCCAAGAUCACCCAGCGCCCCUCGGCUGGCACGCUUAGCAAAUUCAGCGGGUACUUCAAGCCUGGAAAUUCCAGGUUCUCUAGCAUGCGUGGGCGUGGAUCUAGCGCUCAGAACGUGAGCAUAUAUGAGGCUAGCGAGGUUCACGAUAGUGCCGAGGAUCUUAGAGAGAUGAUCGAGCGACAAGAUAGGGAAUCCGACCGUUUAGAGAACGUCAGAGCUUGCUGCGAUGGCAAGCACGACGUUGGUACACUGCACCGCAGGUCUAAGAAGUCGGGUGCUCAUACGCACUCGCACCCAGGACCUUCUACGACCACAGCUCAAACCUCGACGUUGCGCUCACGAGCCUAA